CGGGUUUUGGGCCUUGGUCAGGGUUUCAAACUAAUUGUAAAGGUUUCAAAUUGGGGCUUCAAGCCGAGGUCAAGGGUCGUUGGGUUUUUUUUUUUUGACAGCAAACGCGACAACAUUUUUCUCGAGCGGCUCCUCAUCCGCCGGCGCACGUUGCGCGUGGGCGAGCGUGCGAUCGCGCCUCGGAGCCGAAGCCGCGUCCUCGCCCACGCUCAAGAUGGCGGCGCCCCCCCCCCCCCACGGGCCUUCCGCUGUUGCGGCGCCGGCGGGGGUUGUCGCAACGCGCGGCGUGUUUUACCCGGAAGAUCCGAAGGCCGCCACCUCGUGACCCGAUGUUUUACGUACGCAACGGAGGCAGCGGCGUCAUCUUUUUCUUAUUUACAUUUUUUUUUCAUUUUCAACGCGCUAAAAAGUCGUCGCAGCUUACAAACCGCCGCGCGCCAGCGGCAAGAAAAAUCUAAGUGAUAAAGGCGGCAGCCGCGGUCUUUACUCGCUUCAGUUUUUCGUCAUUUUUUUAUUCAUCUCGAGGGGGGGGGGGGGGGGUGUAAAAGCCAGAGGGCGUGUGCGCCUCGAAAAAUAAAUCUGCCGUCGGACUGAUGGCGCGUGUCCCCGGGGUAGCAAAUAUUACAGAAUUAUUAUCGCGGGCAGUCGUUAUUUAGCUCGGGGAUCAAGUCCUGAGGGCGAGUGGGGAAAAAAAAAAAAAAAAAACAAAACUGCAAAUAAUAACAUAAAAUCCGUAAAUAUGAUCCCGAAAUAUCCAUAAAAACAAACGGCUGGCUUGUUGGAUUUAUUUGGAAACAAAUGCACCUUGCUUUGAAACCCAUAAAAAUACCGACUACUACUGCUGCGAGUAGCAUCAACCCACAAGUGAUCAGGAAAAGAGGCCACGAGCUGGCGCCGAACAACUACUUUUGCACCAAAACGCGACAUUAAACCGCAGCACAAAAAUAGUAAAUGACGCUCUACGAGUUCCAAAAUCUACGAAGCCUAACUGAUAAUUAGCUAUUACAGACCGGCUAGCUUGACUAGCUAACAAGCUAGCAGUAACAAACUUUGCAGAUAUUGAGCAGUGCCAGUUUAUCUUGAAAUUUUUUUUUUUUACAUUCCCUACGUAAAAACAAAGCUAAGGCGCUCCAAAUAAUCACUUUAUUCUACCUGUGGACUGGAGCUGACGCCAAAAAGCGUGUUUCGGGCGCGAAGCUCUACUUCCCUCUGGUGGACUCCCGAUGUAUUGCACUCAGAUGGCAACUGAAGCUGAAACAAAAUAAAAAACAAAAGCCCGUCGUUAAAUGUAAAUUUACCAUGAAUAAAAGGGUGUAUGCAAAUCAGCGCGGUAAUUUAUCAACUAAACAGAAUUCUAUUGAAGGAUUAAUAGAGUCUUAAAGAGACAGUAGCACCUUUCUCCCGUGUGCGCAUGCGUCAAACGUCCCCCUCUCCUCCUCAUCCCGUUGCAAAAACAGCACCUGCAUUCUGGCAUUCAUGGUGACACAUUCGCGGGCUCGGAGAGGCCGGAGAUGCGCAAGAGGCAGCAGAUGCAGGUGCACCAAGAAGCCGCCGCCAGCGUCCUCCACGCCCGCCACGGGAUGGGCGACGGCUCCGGCAACGCCCCCGGCAACGCCUGCUGCUUCUGCUGGUGCUGCUGCUGCAGCUGCUCCUGUUUAACUGUUAGAGGCGAGGACGAGACGAUCCAGAGGUCCACUUGCGACCGCAGGACCGACGGCGCCAGUAACGGCGAAGAAAGCCCCAAGCCCACGCUGGAGGACGCUCGUUCCUGGACCGCGUCGUUCGAGAAGGUGAUGAAGAGCGCGGCGGGGCGCGGCUGCUUUCGCCAGUUCCUGCGCACAGAGUUCAGCGAGGAGAACAUGAUGUUCUGGCUGGCCUGCGAGGAGCUCAAGAAGGAGACCAACAAGACGGUGGUGGAGGAGAAAGUACGGCAAAUAUACGAGGACUUCAUCUCCAUCCUUUCCCCGAAGGAGGUCAGCCUGGAUUCUCGCGUCCGCGACGUGAUCAACCGCAACAUGCUGGAGCCCACCUCGCACACCUUCGACGACGCCCAGCAGCAGAUCUACACGCUGAUGCAGAGAGACUCGUACCCGCGCUACAUCAACUCCGCCGCCUACACCGAUCUGCUCAAGAGCCUGGAGGAGCCGGCCCCCCCGCCGCCGCCACCCCCGCCUCCCAAGCCGUAGAAGACUCGCACUUAUUUCACUUAAGAAUCCGCACGCGUCCCGAGCAGACGGGGGUCCCGGUUGCACGUCUUGGCGUCCACCGUUAGCCCGCAAAAUGUCUAUUUUUCUACGCUCCCUCGCACUUGACGUUGGCACUUUUCUACCCGGUUCCCAGGCGAGGGGUCGGCGCGUCCGCUUGCGUUUCGAGGUUCUUUCGUCGGCCUUAAAAACAGGAACUUUUCAUCGGGACGCCAAUUUCGAAGACGGAAAGUGCCUUUGGGAUAAGAUCUUCUCCGCGGGCCACAUUUUCCACUCGAUCGGAUCCGGUGCCACAUUUGACUUUGGUGCUUUUCAGCUCUUCUCCAGCUUUCCCACCUGGAAAUCAUAAUCCAGAUAGUUAUAUAUAAAAUUCUUGUACCCCCCCCAGUGGUCACAAAAAUAACUUCAAUCCGAGACAAUCAUAAAAUUAUAGUCAAUAUAAACCGAUGAAUAUCAGAAAUUGCUUUUGGAAUAUGUGGGAAAAUGUUUAAACAUUUUUAAAGCCUACCGUGAAGCCCUAGUUGGGUUUUUGGUAUCGAAAUCACACUUUCAGUUCUUGGGUCAAUCUAGACCGCGGUAUUUAUCCAAAACGGUCCGAGACGCACACUAUAAUCAAUAAAAGAAAAUACCAACAAACAAUUUGAUGAACUCAGAGUUAACUCAAGUUACUCAGCACAUUUCGAUCAAUUCUUUUUUAAUAUUUAUUCAAUAUUGACUUGUUCUUCAUUAAAAAUUAGUGAAGUGUUGAACCGUACAAUGGGUCAAUUUGACCCAAGGUGUGUGUGUGUGUCAGAAAUGAACAAAAUCUCAAUAAACAAUUUCAUGAA